CCUUUACCCAAUAGUUAUUUUGUCUACGUCGGAAGCGUUUCCGAUCCACACUGGCUCAUACUGUACCUGAGCGCCCACCGAGCCUCUAUCCUGUCCGCGACCUGCCCGCUCUGAAAUGGGGAACAGCAAACCUUCAGCGCUCCUCUCACUUAUCAGUGUUCUGCUGCUUUGGCCAUAUGUCCUCACCAAGAGUGUCUCAUCCAGACUGCAAAGUGCAGACAGCGCCUCUCUAUCUGCAGGGCAGGGAGAAGAGCGCCCUCAUGUGGUGAAGCGGUCAACUCAGAAUUGCGACAGCACAUUUGACAACUACUGCCUGAACAAUGGCCAGUGCAUGCUGCUGGUGGACAUUGAGGAGCACCACUGCAAGUGCGAGAGAGGCUUUUAUGGCCCCAGGUGUGCCAACACAGAGCUUGUCGCUCGGCCAGUGGGAGAAGAGCAGAUAAUUGUCACCAUUUUCUGUGUGACUCUGCUGAUUAUAGGUCUGGCUGGAGCUCUGUACUUCUUCUGCAAAUGGUAUAAGAAAAACAGAUUCGCACGUCACCAGAAGCGGCAGGGUUACAAAGGAGUCCAGACUGCUUAAGAGUGCCACACACAUACCUACUGCAUCCGCGGAGAAGGCAGCCCAGGAUCUCUCCCUAGUUUUCUAACUUAAAAUUUCAACAUACCAUGAUGUUACCUGAUAUGCUACAUUAGCCCACACUCAGUGGCUGGCUUACUGGAUUGUACCUACUCGUACGUCACAUGGCUUUGUAAAGCAGGUAGAUUUACACAAAGAGAUUACAACUUUCAAAAAGAAACUGCUUUGUUGGCGGUGACAAUAUCGUUUUCAGCGGCAACUGGCUCUGAUGUUUCAGCACCUGCUGUCCUCAAAUGUGAAAAGAUGAAUAGUGCGAAGCAGUUUCCACCCACGAUGAUGGUGGGUCAUGGGAAAUUCAUAGAAAAUGAACAAAUAAGAGGGGUAGGAGUGGACCAGUGCAACUACUGAACAUCUCUAAUCCCUUCUAGUAAUUGAUGCUUUCAGAAACUUAGACCUGGGUCUAUAAGUGCUCAACUUCCCCAUGUCCUUUUUUGUCUUCCCAGUUAGAAAGUCACAGUUUAGCUCCAGAUUUUAUUGAAGUUAACUGACACAGAAUGACAAAAUAUUUACCAUAAUCAUAUUAUCAUGCUUCAGUUUUUUGCAGAUCUUGUAAUAUCUUUUAAAUUUGCCUCAGAGAAACAAAAAUAAAACAGACUGAAAAUAAAAAUGAUCAAGUCUUCACCAUCUUCUUUAGUUAAUUUACGCUGUUGUUUGUUAAACCCUGUUUUUAAGUUAUACGUAGUAUUUCAGCAUGGUUUAGCUUUUAUUUAUUGUUGCUUUUUUGCCCUUUUACCUAAUAUUAACAUUUACAAAUAUUAAUACAAGCCACUGUUGCCCUUAAACCAGCUACUGAGUGUAACCGUUCUGUGUUUUAUUAUUUGAAUCUUAUUAAUCUUUUUGUUUAGUCAGAAAGUGUUUUCAGCUUGAUAAUUUAUUAGAAAGUACUUUUGGAGGCUGUUAUUGCUUGAUUUUUUUUUAAACUCCUGUAUGAAUUUCUAUUUAUGUUUGAAUGCCUUAAGUCACACUUCAUAUGCUAGUGCUGUCUGAAGGGUACAGCUGAGAGUCUUCACAUUCUUCUCAUGUCUUGAAGCAGUUUUCACAUUUUCCUUUCAUGUGAUCAUUAGAAAAUAUUUCUCUUUACCAACGUGAAAAAAGCAAACCCACACAGAUGCACAAAGACUACAUGACAUUUUUUGCAAUAGCAGUAUUCCUGGUACAUUCAUUCACCAGGAAAACUUGUGUAAUAAAACACAAAUUAAAGCAAAUACAUUUCAAACUGG